AAACCCAAUGUUGACUUCAGUUGUCUUCGAUGACCAGAGCUUUCGAUACAAUGGCCGGAGAGGAUGAAGAAGGAACCUCCACCGUCGCUGUCGCCGUCGCCGGAGAGACCCACCAACUCCAGAUUCCGAUAAGCCGAGUGAAGAAAAUCAUGAAACUGGACCAGGACAUCAACAAGAUAAACUCAGAAGCCCUACAUCUCAUCGCUAGUUCCACCGAGCUUUUCCUUGAAUUACUUGCAGAAAAAUCUGCACAAGUCGCUCUGGAGAAGAAGAGAAAAACCAUAAAGCUCGAGCAUUUAAGAGUUGCCGUAAAAAGGCAUCAACCUACUAGCGAUUUCCUUCUCGAUUCGCUUCCCAUGCCUUCACAGCCAUCGGAUCGGUCUCCAAAGGUUCAAAGUCGUCCUCGAUCAUCGACAGAUAAGCCACUUCCUUCCGGAACUCGAAGAAUUGAGGCAUUCUUUCAGAAGUGCACUUAAAACUCUGUGUUUACAUACUAUUUUGAAUGGUUGUGCGAAAUUAUUAUAUUCACAUUCAGAGUAGAGCUUAUGAUUAUAAUUUGAAAAGAAAUUGUUAUUUUCCGUAGACUUGUGAUUAUGCAU